CCUGUUGACCAUGGAUCAAAAACAUGCAAUGCUUUAUCCCGAUCCCAAUGCCAUGUCAACGGAUCAACGCACCUCAGCUGCUGCGGCAAUGGGUUUACCUGUGGAGGCCCCGCCCUCCUAUGAUGUGGCAGUGGGGGAACAACAGCCACAACCUUCACAACAAAAUAUUGGUUGGGCGCCACAGGCACCUCAGCCAGCCUAUGGAAAUCCCUCGGCUCCCUCUGUUGACCACAUAAGCUAUCCACCAACUCAGGUGAUAACAAAUCAACCCACUGUGCCAACAAGCUCUACUCAUUCACAGCCACAACUACCUUCGAAUUCAGUUCCAACCACAGCCCAAUCAUCAACACCUUUGUCUGCCCAGCUGGGUCCCAAUCCCUCGAAAGUCACAUGUCCCUCCUGUGGUGCCUCGAAAGUUUCACGCAUGGCCUAUACACCCAAUUCGAAGACACAUUUGUGUGCAUUUAUUUUGUGUCUUGUGGGAUGGUGCUGCUGUGCCUGUGUGGUACCCUAUUGCAUGAACAGCUGUCGCACGGGUAAUCACUAUUGUCCCAAGUGUAAUACCUUUCUGGGUGCCUAUAAUGCACGCAAUAAUAUUCUAUGA